ACCAGAUUUAUAUCUUCUAAACAUAUGUAGUUGAUUCUUCUUGAAUUUAUAUUUACUUUUUCUAAAUUUAUUUGUUCAAUUUGUACUUUCAUCAUCGCUAAAGUAAAUGGAAUGAUGCUUCAUCAAAAAAAGUUUUUUAUGGUUACACUGGCCAUGUUAAGAAUGAUAUUGUAGUAUGGAGGAAUUUCUAUGUGGAAAUUUGUUGUUCAGUUACAGUUACAUUUAGCUGAAAUGCCGCUUAUAUUGUGGCUUGCAGAAUGGGAGGAUGUAUAGGAAUAAAUCGUAAUAGAAGAAGUGGAAAUGACAAUUCUAAUGAAAAUGUUUCACGUCCUGUUUCAGGAAGUACAAGAAAGAAUCAUCCUCUCUGUCAUGAAACAAUUCGAUGGAGAUCGGAUGUACCACUAACUGAAGGCCAGCUGAGGAGUAAAAGAGAUGAGUUUUGGGAAACAGCUCCGGCGUUUGAAGGUCGAAAAGAAAUAUGGGAUGCCCUGCGUGCUGCAGCCGUUGCUGCUGAAGCUCUUGACUUUCAACUUGCCCAAGCCAUUCUUGAUGGAGCAAAUAUAUCUGUACCAAAUGGUUACUUGACUGAAUGCUAUGACGAACUUGGCACUCGCUAUCAGGUUCCAGUUUACUGCCUUUCUUAUCCAAUCAACAUAGUCAAAGAAGAUUCUGGUAGAGAUUCACCAGGAGAAAAUUCAGGCAACAACAGUUUGAGCCUUGAUUUCAACUAUGAAUCAGCUGCCUAUAGUAACAUUUGUGCUGGUCUAUUUGAGCCUGUUGAAGGAGGCACUGAAAUAACACUUAAACUGCGACUUUCAUCUACAUGCCAGGAUGUUAAACUGCCCAUUUUCACAACUGAUACUAUUGGAACUGCGAAAAGAAAGUUACAGUUUCAAGAAGGUCUGGAGCCAUCUCGUCAAAGGUGGUUUUUCGGUGGCAAACUGCUUGGAGAUAAGUUGCACAUAGAAGAUGCAAAAAUCAGCCCAGGAUAUGUUGUACAGGUCAUAGUAAACCCGGCAGAGACUCCUAGUAGCUAAAUCCUGGCACUUAAAUUUUCAAAUUGUACCUAUUAAAGACAGAUGUUAAGGAGCCUCUCGAUCCUGUUUAAACAUCGCUGAAGAUAUCUCCUUUUCUUUAACUUUUAUCAAUAGCAGGCUUGUAGCCGAAAGGAUCAGUCAAAUUGACUAAGCUAAUUCUUUGCAAUAAGAGAAGCGUAACGUUUCCCUUUGGUAGCCUGCUGUAUAAUGUUCUAAUAUUUUCUUGGCUGAAGCUUAUUUUAAUACAACAAUAGGCCUUUGUGACAUGCAUUUUGCUAACGAUAUUCCCCACAUUAAAUUUUCAUAUUUAAUCUUCUUUUUUAAUUUUUUUUCAUAUAUGUACAAAACAAUUUAUUUUUUUAAAAAGUGAGCUCUAUUUAAUUUCAGCUGAUAAAUGAAUCAAUUAGGUAUGAGUUUUUAAUACAUAACUUUUUAUUUUAUAUUUAUGUAAAAUAUCUUGCAUUGGAGAUUUUGUUUCAAACUAAUAUUGUUAGGGUACCAAUCAUAAUUUACUCUAUGUAUAAAUACAUUAACACUUUCAUGACUUCUGCUAAUAAUGUUUGUGGUUGUUAAAUAAUUUAUUUGUUUUUUUCAAUCCUUGUUUAAGGAUUUAAUAAAACUGAUGACAUACAAUUUAAAUUGUGUAAAUUAAUAAGAUUGCUAUGUGUACAAAUAGAUUCAAUGACUAAUCCAAAGAUAAGAAUACAGUCUAAUAAGAAAAAGAAAUUUUUUUUGUAUUGUGACAUGAUUGUAUUGUAAUACUCAGUUUUUAUAAGAAGAUAAUUUUUAUUUUUUAAAAAGUAACCUCUUUUUUCUCUUAUGCCAUUCUUUUUUUUUUCUUUCUAUUUUUUGAUUUAUUUAUUCAUACAUCGAACAAUUAUUUCCCCAUGAUUAUUAUCUUUUGUACAGUUUUGUUAAUGUUAUUACAGUUAUUUAUCUUAGCAACGAAUCCAAAAAUGAAAACUGACCAUUUAUCAAUAAACCAAAUAAACUUACUUUAUUUAUGCAUAUAUAUUUUAUGAGAUUAUCUAAGGGAAAUAUUAUUUAAGAAUUGCUACUAUGAAAUUAAGUAUAUUAUAUUAUAUAUUACCUAUGGGUAGCCUUUGAAUUUCUACGGAUUCUAUAUAUAAAGGGUCUGAGGAAAAAGCAGGUGUCUUUUAAAAGAGAAAAUUAAGUUUUUGGCAUCAAUAGAUUCUGCAUGUGAAGGUGCAUUAUUAUAGGGAGUUAUGACGUGAGGUAAUAAAUUUGAUGAAUUAAUCUAAUGUUCCUAACUGCCUGGAAGAAUGCAAUUUUUCAUUCUGAUUCGUCGUAUACCAAUAAUUCAAUUAAAAAAUUACUUAUUGGUUUUUCCCGCGAUCCUUCAUAUUUAUUUCUUAAUUUUUUAAACAAGAAUAUCAAUUUUUAGAUAUCAAAUCUGACAAAUUCAUGUAUGUUUACUUUUUAAAUUGUUAAUUUUAAUAGUGAUGUAUGUAACCACUCUUUUUGUUUAUCACAAUUUAUGCAAAAAAGUGGUCACCUUUAUUUAUUUUCCCUGAUUCCUUGUUAAGUAACAUUUACUAUCUGUGCAAUUUUUUGCCAUAAUUAGUAGUGUUCAUGUGAAAGAAAGUCCAAGUCUGAUUGAAGCUACAUGUUAAAGAAAUAUGAAGACUAAUAAUUAGAACAAACUUAAUCAAUUUUUUUGUUCCAGCUUAAAUUUUAAUUGGAUGAGUUUCCUUCAGUUGUCUAUUUUGCAAUAUUAGAAUAAAUUUUAGUACUCAUCAAUGAGUUUUUAGAAAAAUUCUUAAUUAUAGAUAAUAGUUGGACUUCUUCUUUACCUUGGUGACUUAUUUCUUACUUAUUUAAAUUAGGCUCAGAUCUGGACUGCUCUUGAAUAUUGCUUUGAUAUUGAAAAAGCUUCAAUUUGAGGAUUUCUAAUAAAUAUAGGAAUGGCUACGAUGAAUGAAGUAUGUGUCAUUUAUAAAAAAUAACUGAAAAAAGUGCAUUCCAAAAUAAGAUUUUUCAAAAUUUUCUGUUUAUACCUACAAAUUUCUUGGAAAAUUUUAAAUUCAAGAAUUUCUAAAUAUUGACCUAAACAACUUUUAAAUUGUGUUAAUUUUUUUAUCCGAGUUCUCUUAUAAAACUGUGAAAUGAUAUUUAAAGAAAA